AUGGAUCCCUACGAUAGUGACUCCAGUAUCGAUGAGGACUUCACCGAGACCGGUGUUCUCCUCGGAUACGCCAACGACGAAGUCAUCGAAGACACAAUCAGUCACCUGGGCGGCUGGCCGAAAUGGCUUGACGAGUCUACCCCUCCUCCCGGCGACUUUGCCAACUGCAAAGUCUGCAACCAACCUCUGAUCCUGCUUCUCGAAUUACACGGCGAUCUCCCCGAUCACUUUCCCAACGACGAGCGCCGACUGUACCUCUUCGGAUGCCCGAGAAAGCCAUGCAAUCGCAAGCCAGGCAGCAUCCGCGCAUACCGCUCAACUCGCAAAAUCAACCUGGAAAACCCCCAGGCCCACAAACAGGAGGAAAAGAAGAAGCCCGUCGAAAAGGCCCCCGAGCCCACACCUGCUCCUGAGAAACCAAAGCAAGACCUUGGCGCCAGUCUAUUCGGAGCCACAUCUCUGACAGGUAGUGUCUCCGCGAAUGCAAACCCCUUCUCCUCCAACUUCGGCGCACCAGCAGCCGGCGGCGCCAAUCCCUUCGCGAUGCCGAAAUCCGCUGCCCCCGCACCAUCACCAACCCCCACCAAGAGCGAAACCAACGCGCUGGCCGAUUCCUUCGCUGACAAGGUCCGUCUCUCAUCCCCAGAAGACGAGUCCAGUACGACGUCCACAAACCCCGCCGCAGCAUCCAAACAGACCCCCGAGUCUGCAGACUCCCAGACACCCUGGCCCACGCAGUCCGCCUUCCCAAUGGAGCCCAUGGACGAGGACGGCGGUGCCUCUGGCUUCGGCGAUCUGAAGGAUACAUUCGAGUCGGAGCUCGAUAAGGCCUUUAUGAAAUUCUCCACCCGCCUCGCGCAUAACCCUGAGCAAAUCCUGCGCUACGAGUACCGCGGUGCGCCGCUGCUGUAUAACUACGCGGACCAGGUGGGCAAGCGCUUACAUCCUGAUCCUACCGUUAGUAAGGUGACCACCACGGCUCGGGGUAGUAUCCCGCAUUGCGAGUACUGUGGUAGUGAGCGGGUGUUUGAGCUUCAGCUUACGCCGCAUGCGAUUAGCGUGCUUGAGGAUGGACGUGAGGGUGUGGGACUGGGUAAGGAUGAUUCGGGAAUGGAGUGGGGGACUAUUAUUAUGGGUGUUUGUGCGAAGGACUGCGCGCCGCAGAAUAUUGGCGUUGUUGGUUGGAGAGAGGAGUGGGCUGGUGUGCAGUGGGAGGAGAUGAAAUAG